CAAAAAGAUUUUUUUUUCUGCAAAGGCUUGCUGUGCUGCAAGAGUAAACUUGUUUAAACCAUGACGGCCACGAAAAAGCAACAAGAGAAUGCAUUUGCGGUUCUCAAAGGAAACGACAUGGUUCAAAAGAACAACAUUGAAAUGUUGUUGAAUCGAGCCAUCAAGUUUCGAAAAUCUCGCUACGUAGACGAAAAACUCGAACUGUUCAAACGCAAGUUCGCACCCAUCAAUUCUUCCAGUCCACAGCCAAAGCAGAAUAUCACUCUUGAUACAACCGCCACAGCUUCUGAAAUGGAAACGGUGGAUGCCAACGGCUUUGAACGUCCAGCAAAGGAAUUGUUCAAAAAAGAUAAUAUCCAGAUCGCUUGGACUGCCAUUCGACCGAUCGGUUCAGGGCUUUCGGAUCUUGGCAAUACGUCAGCUUUAAAUGCCGUUUUGCAAGUUCUCACAUACACGCCUCCCUUGGCGAAUCUGUUACUGAGUCGUCGUCACGGAUCGAACUGCACGGUACAGGAUUAUUGCUUUGUUUGUGCUCUUGAACAACAUGUCCGUGAAUGUUUACUGGAUCGACGGUCUGUGGUGGCGCCUCGAGGUUUCGUUGGCAAAUUAAGAAAAAUGUCCAACGGAUCACCGAAUCAUGCAUAUUCGAUUUGGAAAUAUUUCAUGGAACAAUUACAAUCCUCUUUUCUCGUCGAAAAAGGAUCCAACGAUGCUCUCAUUCAAAAAACAACCGCUUUAUACCAGAUCUUUGGAGGAUACAUCCAACAGAGACACGAAUGUCCAGAUUGCAAAAAGUUGGAAAAUAUCUAUCAAGACUUUUUGCAUUUAAGUCUGGAUAUUACGCAAGGCAAUACCGUGGAAAAAUGCUUGACAAGGUUCAUGAAGGAUCUUCCGCCAACAAAUUCAAAAUGCACUAGCUGCCAAAAAGCGGUGACCCAAUGCAAGCAACAAUCCAUGUAUCGAUGCCCAACAGUCUUAUCUUUGCAUCUUCGACGACUCGAUGAAGGAAACGAAGAAGGGGACAAAAUUGAAAAGUCGAUUAAAUUUGAGGAAAGCAUGAAUUUAUCCCGACACGUCACUGAGACCGAGCAAGGUCAAGAGAAUAUGAAGUACAAUCUGGUUGGUGUUAUUGCUCACCAAGGAGCUUCCGGUCACUCCAGUCGCUAUGCUGCGUUUGUGAAAGGAGCCAACGGCAUGUGGUACUGCAUGGAGAACGAGAAUGUGAAACAAAUCAGCAUGAAACGGCUAUUGAACGAGCAAGCGUACAUGUUAUUUUACUGCCAGCAACCUACAUCCACCCCACGAACCGCCACAACGACCUCUGCUGUGAAACCAAAGGACGUGGCACAAACACAAGCCAACGAGGAGAAGAAAACAAUAUCUAAAGUGAAUGAAAGUGAUGAAGAGGCGAACGACGACGACGAAGAAGAAGACAGUGAUCUGGAGCCUGAAUUGGUAGACGAUCAGGAAGAAGAAGAAGCUGAAAAACUAAAGGAAGCACUGGCGCAGGCGGCAACGAAAGCUAAAGUAGAGAAUACGGAAGCGAUUGUUGUGCAACAUAACGAGGACAUGCAAUCGAAACGAAGCAAGUUGGAGGCGUUGAUUGAACGAGAAGCAACGACCAGUCAGAGCGUGGCGGCCAAGUCUGAACUACUAAACAAAGUCAUGGAUAGCCAGUUUUAUGAAAACGUUGGAAGAUGGGAUGAAGAUAUUGGUGCGGCGGUUCCCAGUGCGGCUAAAGACACGCAGAAGCAACUCUUGAAGCAACUGAAAACGAAACGCAAGAAAGUGGAUAUGUACGAUUUGGAUUAUGAUCGAGGAAAGGUCAAGAAGGUCAAGUCUAAAAAAUCGGAUCAAUUUGGACGUCCCAACGUUUUCCAAAUGGCGGCCAAUGUUAAUAACAUGGGCAAAAUGAAGCAUAAAAAGUAGCCUCUCCACUCUCAUAUAGAAAAAAGAAAAUGUAAAUAAUAUCACGAUCUGUCCCUGUAAUAAUACAAUCAAGCAUUCAUACAGUAAGCAUUUGCAAAUAUAUUUGGGUUGUCUUGCUGGC